AAAAAAGCCCAAAUAGGGAUAUACCAUCGUCUCCGUUUUUUCUCGCGUCUUUUCUUUUUUACUCUUCAGGCCAAUCUCUCUCUCUCUCUCUCUCUCUGGAAGAAGGGGAGGACGGAAAAAUGGCUUCUAAUUUCUGGACUUCAUCGCACUACAAACAGCUUCUGGAUCAGGAAGAGGUGGAUGUUGUGCAUCAACUCGACAGGGAGAAGGGCAUCACUCUUGAAGAUUUCAAGCUCAUUAAGAUGCACAUGGCUAAUUACAUUGGGAGAUUGGCUCAAAACGUAAAAGUGAGGCAAAGGGUUGUAGCGACUGCUGUUGCAUACAUGAGACGCGCAUACACCAAGAAAAGUAUGACUGAAUAUGAUCCGCGUGUUUUGGCUCCAACGUGCUUAUACUUGGCAUCAAAAGCAGAAGAGAGCACAGUGCAGGCCAGGCUUCUUGUAUUUUACACCAGAAAAAUAUAUACUGAUGAAAAGUACAGAUAUGAAAUAAAGGAUAUACUUGAGAUGGAAAUGAAGCUUUUGGAAGCACUUAACUACUACUUAGUUGUGUUCCAUCCCUACCGUGCAUUAUCUCAGUUGCUCCCGGAUGCCGGCAUGAAUGAUGCGACUCAGAUAUGUUGGGGACUUGUCAAUGAUACAUACAGGAUGGAUUUAAUUUUGAUACACCCACCACACUUUAUUGCUCUAGCCUGCAUAUAUGUUGCAAGCGUGCUCAAAGAUAAAGAAAACACUGCUUGGUUUGAAGAGCUUCACGUUGAUAUGAAUGUGGUGAAGAAUAUCGCAAUGGAGAUACUAGAUUUCUACGACAGCCACAAAAUGAUAUCGGAGGAGAGGAUUAAUGCUGCCAUGAACAAGCUUCCUUUCAGACCAUAAAUGGGUUGGCUACUCAGCUACUCCUUCGGAAAUAAUCUGCAUGUUCACUGAAACGUCUGGAGUUAGUGCCCUAGUGAAGAAAAUGGUCAAUUAUUUAUAUGAUCUGUAAUGGACACCACAUUUGGGUUCUUGUAUGUGUAUUGUGUACUGCGUACUUACUUACAUGUGAUGAGUCCCAAAUUUUUAGGGGACUGUCUGUCUAUUAGGUGUAUACACGAGGGAUUGAGAAGGUACAAGUGAGACCGACUACUCUGUGAUUGCGCUACCACGCUCGCAGAGCCAGGCCAGUUAUGACUGUUAUUUUGUUCAUCCAUGCAAAAAGUGAGCGAAUAUUACUCACCUUGUGCGAGCUUCAAACAGGGUCCUAGUUUGGUGA